UGCGAUCAACUUGUCGGUCUCGCCAUGCUCGGAGUGGCCACUGCUGUCUUCUCUUAUUACACUGCGUGGGUAUUUUUAGUUCCCUUUUUGGAUGAGGGCAGCAUCCUCCAGGGUUACUUCCUUCCCCGUGAAUACGCCAUAAAGUUGCCAAUCCUCUUGCUUUUAAUAGCGGCUUUGGCAGUAGGAACUUUUGUCGGCAAUGUUAUGAUCAAGAACGCAAAGAAGGAGAAGGCAAAGAAGAGUAAGAAAUCCGAAUAA